AUGCUGCUCGAUGUCGACCUUUUCAAAACUGAUGAUGAUCUACUUAAGGCAUUCCCGACAUCUGCACCGAAGAUCGAAUUGGAUAAAUUCCACCUUCAGGACGAGUACUCCAUCAAUCUCUACCCACCAUCACCACCUGAAACGAAACCAAGUCGUGCUGAGCUCGCUAACGAUCUUCUGCAGCAGCUAGAAAAUAAUUACAAACAAGAAAACAUCUUCUCCAACUGGCUCGAGGAGAAGGUGGAGCUGCCAAUUUUCGACAACGUCAGCCAAGUGCCGGUGCGCGUGGAGGUUGCGGCCCCCAUCGCGCCGGUGGCGUACGAGCACGCGCACGUGGUGCCGCAGCCCACCGAGGAGUUGCUGCGCGAGUUCGAGUCGGUGUACGGCGCUGUGGAGCUGACGCACCUGACGCCGCCGCAGAGCCCCCCCGGCCCCGCCACCCAGCUGCUGUUGAGCUACGCGCAGCAGGCCCAGUACGCGCCCCCCGCCGCCGCACCGGCCCCCCAACCGCCGGCCGAGCAGUUCGCCGCGCACGCGCCCGCCGCACUGCCGGCCGAGUUCGAUUGCGACCUGCAGGCCGUCGAGGAGCUGGUGCGCCACCGCGCCGCUCAGCUCUCGGGCAGUGCGAGCACCUCGCCCCGCUCGUCGCCGCCCUCCUCGCCGCGCUCGUCCACGGAUGAGGAGUGGUGCGGCCCCGCCGGCAGGCCGAAGCCGUACGCGCGCAACGCCGACGACCGCCGCUCGCGCAAGAAGGAGCAGAACAAGAACGCCGCCACCCGCUACCGCCAGAAGAAGAAGGCCGAGAUCGAGGUGCUGCUCAACGAGGAGCAGGCGCUCCGCACGCGGCACACGGAACUGGGCGACAAGUGCUCCGACCUGCAGCGCGAGAUCCGCUACAUCAAGGGGCUGAUGCGCGACCUCCUAAAGGCCAAGGGCCUGAUAAAA